UUCACAAUACUACGAGACAACCAACUCAACCGACUCACACCUAGCAAGCAGGCGAACGAACAAGGAAACCCUCAUCCAUCCAGCUACUAACCAUCAUACCGGGCCAUGCCACUGUCGGAAUAUGCCAGAUCGGAAUAUGAAGAGGAUAGCGAGUUUGUGAUGUCAGACGAGGAAGACGACGCUGGACCAGAACAUCCCUCUGAGCUCGAGCCUCAUCUUCAUCGACAAUCUCCUCCCAUCGACAAACCACGCUUAGAAAUACUCGAUGACUCAAGCAUCAAUCCUAGUCUCAAUUCUGCAAAUCAAGUUCGAUCCCCUCCAAGUAGUAUCCUCAGUAAUGAUGCCGCCAAGUUUAUCAAUCAUGUCGAUCUGGUCAUGAACAAGAUCAAGACAUUGGAAUCUGAUACCCGUUGGCAUAGGGUACUCAAACAUCGGACCGGUGUUCAGGUAUACGCUCAAAAGCACGCUAAGACUAUCGGCAAAGCAAAAACCGUCCCAGUCUUCAAAGGUGUCGGUCUUAUAAAGGGUUAUUCACCUGCAUCGGUCUUUGCUGUGAUCGGCUCAAGCAAACUGUGGGAUGAAUGGUAUGAGGACGGUAACUUGGUCGAGAACCUCAGCGAUCAAGUCAGUCUGACUUACAUGUGCAUGAAAGCCGGCAUCGGAACUCGGACUCGAGAUUUAUCUUUGGUUGAAAAAGUUGAAGCAACAGCUGAGGGUUCGAUUUACUUUUGUGCCUCCUCAGUCGACACACCGCGAGUUCCGAUCGUCCCCGGUAGGAUCCGCGCUCACAUCGAAUUAAAUGGUUGGGUACUUGAGCCCAUCAAACUUCCUGAAUCCACACCUGGGGCAAGUACGACUGCUACCAAAGUGACCUAUUACCUCCAAGUUAAUGUCAAAACGUUUGUAGCUGAGGCAGUCAGUAAGCGCUAUCUGGCCAGACGACCACUUUGUAUCACCAAGAUUGACGCCUAUCUACAAAAGUAUGGCUCGCCCGUCCAACUCGAAGGUAUCAGCGACGUAGAGGCUCAUCCGCGCCAGGGUGGUACUCGGAGGAGCUAUUCUCGAAAUUUCAUGUCCGUCAAGCAGUUAGAAUUCCCAAAGGAAGUCGAAAAUGUUGAUAAUGGGCCGGCUAGUGCCCCUACCUCUCUGAGCUCUCGAGGAAUGCGCUCUCACCUAUCCAGUAUCGGCCCAUUUGGUCAGAAAGCUCGAGCACGAUUAUCAAGUGCGGCUUUAACACCAACCCUCAAGCGGAGUGACCCAAAUAUUCGCAAGGCUGCAAAAUCAUUUCAGCUUGAAAGCCCAACCACAGCCAACCCACUCCCACUCCCAAAACCCACACAACCUCUACUAAUCGAUCAUCUCAAACCAAAUCAAGAAAGCUACAAUUGGAAUUCUAUUUCUCGAGCCCUCGAGUUAUUCAACACAUAUCUGAAAGACUCGACCACAAAUCAACAAGAUUGGAAGACGGUCGAGAAUUCACAUGACUCAGUCAGGUUGUGCUUGAAUUCUCAAAUCUCGCAAGCAGGUCAGAAGGGUAGCAAAGAAGCGUUUUUCCAGUUGCCCGUAGUAAAGAGUGAAACUAUCCUAGAUAAUGCUCAACACCCAAGCCCAAUCACUCCCGAGCAAGUAUCAAUGACGAUCCUCAGUAACCUGGCACAACAGACAUGGGAUCAAAACUUCCACGGAUACUCCAAGCUGGGAGCUCAAUCCCAUCAACAUCGGUUGCUUUUGAAUACAGAUAACGGCUUCGAUCAAGGAACUUAUCUUAGUACUAUGAGAGCCGUUUAUCCUCAUCUUCGAGAUGAAUCGAUGUUCUGUUUUGAUCAAGCUGUAUUCCGACAAGCUGCAGAGCACCAGGCAAAGCGCUCGAGGAUUGUGAUCAUUCAUCAUUCGAUCGAAGACGAGGAAGGGUAUUUGAAACGACUGGAAGAGAAUAAAGAUCUGCUGACCGAUCAUCCUGGAGUCAACUCCCUCCUGCGAGAAAAGGUUGAGCAGAGAUUAUUGAGCAGGAUCGAUGUAUCAGGAUGGGUGAUUGAGAGCGGACCAUCAUCCGACCAAAUUCGAAUCACACAUCUGACGGCACUGUCGUUAAAUCUCAAGAACCAGCGACCUGCGACCACAAGCCAGACAGCGGCACUCCCGGACUUCUUACCGCGACUGGUCACUUCUAAUAUUGCUAGUCGACCGCAACAGGUCCGCGAGUUUAUUCGGGAGCAUGGUUUCUCACCCGGCUUCGUCCGAUGGAUGAACGGCGACAUUCAGUAUGUUGACGAUCAUUCACUCGAGGAUUCUGAUCAGAUGUCACCUGGCAUCAAGAUUGGCCAGGUGGAAUGGAGAUUCAAGAAGAAAACACCCCUGCCCAGUGCCCAGACUGCUCUUCCUUCACCUUCCAUUAAGGUUGGUCCAGGCGCCAAUCAGACCUGUUGGUUUCAAUGGAGUGAGCAGAUGUAUCCACAUGGGAUCGAUUUAACCCUUGAGCCAACAGAUGUAGCCGAAGUGCGACUAGUUGCAGAAAUGAAGAAUACGCUGCAAUUUGAUUGGAAGGCUGAUUCGCAGAGCUUGACUGAUAGCGGAAUGAUGAUCAAGCUGCGAGCGAAACGGAUCCAUUCGAUCGACUCCUCCACGCCCGAUCGAGUGCUCUUGAACGGCUCGAGAUCGCUCGCUACUGUCCAUGUGAAACUCGACCCGUCGAGAUCCAAAGUAAAGAAAGUGGUCGAAGGCCAUCCCGGGCUCGAGAAAGACUCGACGAAGAAAGUCAAUGGGGAUCCCUCUCGAGGCCGCUCGUCUGCUUCUUCUCCACAAACUUCAUCCAUCCCCGGCCCCUCUUCGCCCCCGAACAAUCCGGUCAAUUCUUCUCCCAGAGAUGUUGCUGGCUCCCUUGCCUCUCAAAAGGGCUCCAAGAAAGUCGCGCAACUUCCCCAACAGCAGCAACUCGUCGUCGAUCCUAACGUCGCUAUCAUCAUCAAUGAGCAUAUCUACUUCACUAGAUCUCAGGUCUUCUUCUUCAUUCUUUGCUUGGGAUGCGCUUAUGUUUAUGGUCGCUUCGGUUGAUCUUCUUCCUCCCCCCUCCCCUUCGCUCUCAUCUUUCUUUUGACUCCAUUUUUUUGCUUUUUUUUUGCUUUUCCUUUUUUUUUUCAUCAUUCUUUGUCUCCCUUUUUUGCAGUUUACAUUUUGCUCAGCAGAUUCUUUUCCUUCUUCUAUUUAUCUUCAUUCUCAUUCUCAUCAUCUUCAUCAUCAUUGUUUAUUUAUAGAAAACAUUUCCUAUCAAUCUUUACAUUAUCUCUCUCUCUUCCCAUCUCUCUAUCUACUCUUGCUCCUCCAUUUUUUUAACAAAAAAAAUAUUCUCAUUUGUAUAUACAUGUUGGUUUAUCUUAGACAGUCUUCAUUUAUUUGGUCAUAGGUUUUGAUAGACAACUAAGUGUGUGUGUGUGCUUUUGGUGAAUUAUCAAACAAGGGUGAAGGUUGGUUUUUGGUUUGUGUUUGUUUGUAUGUAUCUUGAUGUGUAUGUUAGAUGCAAAAGAAGAAGAAAAAGAAA